UUGGUCCCGCCCCAGUGCUAGCGGGCGCCGAGCGGGAGCCGCGCGGGAGCGGCGCAGCGACGGCGGCGGCAGUGGUGGCGGCGGUUGCGAUUCUUAGCCGUUGAGACGCCUCUGCGGCAGCUGGUGGCGCAGGUGGCUUGCGUGGACGCGGGCGGAGGCGGCCGGCCCGCCACCGCAGCCUCAGCGCCCACGGACCCUGCAGGCCCGUCGGGACACCCCGAGGCAUCCUCCCCCGCCCGCCGGCGAGGGAGCCUGGGCUCAUCCGCGCUCCCGCAUCUCUCUGCCGCGCGCACCGCCGCAUCUCCUCUUGGUUUUGGGACCCCCGGCCUCGCCCCCGAGACAUGACUCGCGAUUUCAAACCUGGAGACCUCAUCUUCGCCAAGAUGAAAGGUUAUCCUCAUUGGCCAGCUCGAGUAGAUGAAGUUCCUGAUGGAGCUGUAAAGCCACCUACAAAUAAGCUACCCAUUUUCUUUUUUGGAACUCAUGAGACUGCUUUUUUAGGACCAAAGGAUAUAUUUCCCUACUCAGAAAAUAAGGAGAAAUAUGGCAAACCAAAUAAACGAAAAGGUUUUAAUGAAGGUUUAUGGGAAAUAGAUAACAAUCCAAAAGUGAAAUUUUCAAGUCAACAGGCAUCAACUAAACAAUCAAAUACAUCAUCUGAUGUUGAAAUUGAAGAAAAAGAAACUAGUGUUUCAAAGGAAGAUACUGAUCAUGAAGAAAAAGCCAGCAAUGAGGAUGUGACUAAAGCAAUUGAUAUAACCACUCCAAAAGCUGCCAGAAGGGGGAGAAAGAGAAAGGCAGAAAAACAAGUAGAAACCGAGGAGGCAGGAGUAGUGACAACAGCAUCAGCAUCUGUUAAUCUAAAAGUGAGUCCUAAAAGAGGACGACCUGCAGCUACAGAAGUCAAGAUUCCAAAACCAAGAGGCAGACCCAAAAUGGUAAAACAGCCCUGUCCUUCAGAGAGUGACAUGAUUACUGAAGAAGACAAAAGUAAGAAAAAGGGGCAAGAGGAAAAACAACCCAAAAAGCAGCUUAAAAAGGAUGAAGAGGGCCAGAAGGAAGAAGAUAAACCAAGAAAAGAGCCUGACAAAAAAGAGGGGAAAAAAGAAGUUGAAUCAAAAAGGAAAAAUUUAGCUAAAACGGGGGUUACAUCAACCUCUGAUUCUGAAGAAGAAGGAGAUGAUCAAGAAGGUGAAAAGAAGAGAAAGGGUGGACGAAACUUUCAGACUGCUCACAGGAGGAAUAUGCUGAAAGGCCAGCAUGAGAAAGAAGCAGCAGAUCGAAAACGCAAGCAAGAGGAACAAAUGGAAACUGAGCAGCAGAAUAAAGAUGAAGGAAAGAAGCCAGAAGUUAAGAAAGUGGAGAAGAAGCGAGAAACAUCAAUGGAUUCUCGACUUCAAAGGAUACAUGCUGAAAUAAAAAAUUCACUCAAAAUUGAUAAUCUUGAUGUGAACAGAUGCAUUGAGGCCUUGGAUGAACUUGCUUCACUUCAGGUCACAAUGCAACAAGCUCAGAAACACACAGAGAUGAUUACAACCCUGAAAAAAAUACGGCGAUUCAAAGUUAGUCAAGUUAUCAUGGAAAAGUCUACCAUGUUGUAUAACAAGUUUAAGAACAUGUUUUUGGUUGGUGAAGGAGAUUCUGUCAUCACACAAGUGUUGAAUAAAUCUCUUGCUGAACAAAGACAACAUGAGGAAGCGAAUAAAACCAAAGAUCAAGGGAAGAAAGGCCCAAACAAAAAGCAAGAAAAAGAACAAACAGGUUCAAAGACUCUGAAUGGAGGAUCUGAUGCUCAAGACAGUAAUCAGCCACAGCAUAAUGGAGAUAGCAAUGAAGAAAGUAAAGACAACCAUGAGACCAGCAGUAAGAAAAAGCCAUCCGGUGAAGAGAGAGAGACUGAGAUAUCUCUGAAGGAUUCUACACUAGAUAACUAGGUUGACAUACCUGGAAUAUAAAGAACAUUUGACAAGUUUGUAAUGGUUUUCCUUUGAAAUAUUUAGAUUGCUGAAAGUUUUAAAUUUUUAUAAGCAUAGGUUUUGAUGUCUACAACUUGUUUUGAGGGAGAUAAUCCCUUUAUCUUUGUUUAAAAGUAACUAAACAUUAUUGCUAUUGUACUUGUGCAGUAUUAACAGCUACAUUAUACAGUAAAUGUUGGGGGGUAAUCCACUUAGAAAUGUUAAAACUGCUUUUCCAGAUAUGGUUGUAGCAUAUUUUCAAUUAGUGUGUGUAUGUUAAUGUGUAAUUGGUAGUAAAACAGUUACAUUUUUUAAACUGCUACUUGUAUAAAUCCUCUUUUCCCAAAUACUGUGGGUUUUGUGCAUAGUUUUUACAAAUCUUGGACAGAGUGUCUUUUCACUGUGGGUUUUGUAGAAGUUGAGCAUUUUUAUGGUUGAUAAAAUGUUACUUCUAUACAAGUACUCACUCCCUCCUUUUUUAUCAAAAGUUAAUUUUAAUAUCAGUCCACAUUGUGCUCCAUUCUGCUUUUUUGUAACAGUAUCAUCUGUAUUCCUUUUUAUCCAAUUGACAUCAAACUGACUUCUAUGAGGUUCAACUUAUGUUAAGAUAAUUUAGUUUUGUGGCUGGGAAUUUAGUGAAGGCACAUGACUUUCCUGCAGAGAACAGACUGGGCAUUAUAUAUGUAUAUGAAUGAAUCUGAUUUUAGAGUUCAACCAUUUAAGAUCCUUUACAGGCACUAAUAAAUAAAACUAAAAAUGUUUAUUUUUGAGAAAUGUCUUAAGUCACAUUCAUUAAGGAAGUCACAAAGUAGUAUUUUUUUAAUUGGGAAAAAAGUCAAUCCAUGAUGCUUAUGUGGUAAAUAUAAAUAAAUGCUAUAUAAAGAAACCUAUUUGAAAAUGUGGCUAUAUUAGAAGGGAAUUUGUAUUUUCAUUUCUAUAUCAUAUAUGUAACAGGGUUACAAAAAAUAGAAAUAUUAGUUGCUCCAAGGUAGUAUUUGACAAGUCUGUAUUUUGAUGUAUAUGGACUAAAUCUGGAAGAACCAACGUUAACACAAAAUUUAAUAGUCUGUUAACUAAAGGAUAGCAUUUCUAAGAUAUUUUAAAUAUUAGGUCAGUUGGUGGUUUUCAAUAGGUAGGUAGUAGAUACAUUUUGAAACUCUUAUGAAUAUGGGAAAAUGACUUAAUACCAGUGUUUGUAACAUGUGUUGUAAGUUUUGAUCUCUUGAUAAUUAUUUUCAUCUAUACAACUUGAAUUAUUUGGAUAAUUGAAUUUUUGCUUUUUAGAAGUCUUACAAUGGAGCUAAGACCCACUGUUUUGAGGGAACUCUGCUAUUACAUUAUAUAUACACCAGUCAUCUGUUUUGUCCUAACAGUUUUAACUUAGAUUUAUUCUAGUUGAGCCAUAAGUGUCAAAUGUGUAAACUUGUUUUGAUUAAAGAAUUUUUCUAUCAAACUCCAUUAGUAAAUUACUUCUUUGCUGUUUUAAGAGUUUAAGGAAAUAACUAUUAUCUGGUUAUUCAUCCUGUUUGGGGACACAGGGUUAACUAAAUAUAAGUACAAGAUGAUUUAAAAAUAAAGGAAAUAUUUUUUUUUUUUGUUCUCCCUCCCCUUUUUUCCGAUGACCCAAAAUGAUCUAUAGUUUUACCAAGAAGCCACAGAAUAUUCAACUUCUGGAGAUAAUAGCAGCAUUCUGAUAAUUUCUUUCUUCAUAUAAGGCUCACCUUGCUCUAACCAGUUAACCUUCUUUGAAAUAUUCUUUGUCAUAGGUGAUUCAUGGAUAACUGCCACUCUCAGGACUCACCAAAAAAGGUCAUCAAGACCUUUAAGGCAUUGGCAAUAUUUGGUUUAAAUUCCUUAGCUAAGAGAUAAUUGCUAACCCCCACCCCCCAAAAAAGUAUGUGUAGAAUCUGAACAAUACCUUUUGUGCUAUUUGAUCACUGGAUAACAUUUUGGAAGAGUAAUUGAUUGCUGAAGGUUUCUCAGCUGCUUGAAUCAGAGAACCUGACUGGGAAUUUGUAUGGAUAAUUUGAUCAGAGUAUCUUAAGGCUCAGCUAUUGUAGCUGUAUCUAGUGAGAUAUAAUUUUUUAAACUAAAGAUGUUCCUACCCAUACCCACUUACCUGGUUAAAGAUGUAAUGUCAGCAGGAGGUCUGCUAUCUAAUUCUGGAUGAGAGCAAAGGCUUUUUUUUUUUCCCCCUCAAUUGUUCAGUUGACCAGAGAUUAUUAGAAAUAGAUAACCCUUAAGAAAUGAAGAAGCCAUUAAUAGGCAAAAUUUUAUGUUUAUAUUUGUCUUGUGUAAUUGUCCAACACUAAUGACUGAUCUUUCCCCCAGUAAAACUGCAGUGUCUAAUUAUCCCUAAGGGAAUCUGAAGCCUGAGAAAAAUAUUAAAAGAAAUAGUUAACUGCU